UAAAACAAAGAAAAGCGGGUGUUGUCAUCAGUUGAGAAGAAAGAUGAGUAAGGCGCAGGCGGGUUUGUUGCUUUUGGGGCUUUGUGCGGUCCUCGCCGCAUCGGAGGAGCCAUAUGUGGUGUACGAAAACGGGGCAACAUCUGAAAGGAAUCUUCGAUUGUGCGUUGGCCCGAGGGAAGCCUGCAAUGUGGUGCGACAACGAUUCUGGUUGUCGCCUAUUGUCCACAGACUAUGCAAAUGUCCUGAUCUCACAGAGUGCCCUGCUGAAUGGACACAUUUCCCUAACAAGAGAACGGUUGCAAUUAAUGCAAGAGCACAGCUAAAAUUUUGCAGUCAAGUUGGAGAGUUAAAUCGUUGUCAAGGAUCAAAAGAAAUUGCAGCUGAAAUUAGAUCAAAUGGAACAAUUUGUAUCCACUGCUUUUGUGGACCAGGAUAUUUCUUCAAUAAGCUGAAACAGAAUGCUACAGGACAAUACUUCACAUGUAUGGCUUUAACAACUUGCAAGAGAAAUGAAUUCUGCGGCCACAUAACAACUACUUCAUAUGAAACCUAUCAUACAUGCAGAUGUCCAGCCAGACACAUCUGCGUAUUUCAAGACAGAAAAAAAGUAGAAGCUCAGGAGUUUCUUUAUGAAGGUUUAGCAUAUAUCGGGAAGUGCACUUCACGAGAUCUUUAAGAUGUACCAAUAUAAUGUAUAAUAAAUAAUUUUA